UACACGUCAGCUCGUAGAGAGGGGCACGGAGUCACCCCGAUAGAUCGCGGUGCUGGAGCGCCGUCCCCCUGAUUGGCAGGAUAUCUGGGGAGUGCUCCAAACAUGUCUCCAGCCCCUCCAGCCAAUGGGCUAGCUGACAGAGCCCGGCCGGGCAGCUGUUAAAGGGGACGGACACAGCGGGCCAGUCAGAGAGUAGCGCACGGGAGAGGAGGGUGACGGGGAAAGUGCACCGAAAACAAACCCUAAAGCCGCCCGCACUGACCGCGUCCACCCACCGGACGGGCAGCCCCAACAAAAGCCCCGGCCGGGAAGGAGGACGAGAAGGCUCCAAUGAACCCCGCACCGUCCGCCGGUCAUGUGCCGAUCUGAGUUCACUUGUCUCUUGUUUGUGUUGUGCUCCACCACCUCCCCCUUCCCAGAUUCCUCCUCCCCUCACUCCCCCUCCUCCCUCCACCCUGAGCUGCAACUUAAAGAAAGAAGAAGACGAGAGAGAGUAGCAUCUGCCGCCCGAGCCUUCAUCUGGGGGGAUUCUGAGCCCACUUCCCCGACUGCGAGGCGCUGAGAGCGGAGCCCAGGAAAGAGGAGGAGGAAGAGCUGGUGCAGGGGAUGAGCACAGUGCAGAGAGCUCAGUCUGGAGGAGGACUCUCAUGAUGCGGGAGGUGCAGUGACUACUCGGAAUACUCACUGACUACUGCCCGUUACUUGUGACUACUUCACCUCUCCCUAGGAUCACAGGACGCGCUUCCAAUAAGAGCCAUGCUGCUGGACGCUGGCCCUCAGUUCCCGGCCCUGGGUGUGGGCACCUUUGCGCGGCACCAUCACCACCAUCACCAUCAUCAUGCUGCGGUGGCAGCGGCGGCGGCGGCGGCUGCAGAGAUGCAGGAACGGGAGCUGAGCCUGGCACAGAACAGCUUUGUGGAGCCCGCGCACAUGGGCGCCUUCAAGCUCAACCCCAGCGGUGGCUCCGGAGGAAGCGGCGGUAGCGGCAGCGCGGGGGGAUCGGGCUCUUCUGGGGGAGCAGGAGGAAGCGGACCCCACGACUUGUCCCCCCCUGGGCAGAGCUCGGCUUUCACCUCCCAGGCUGGAUACCCCGCUUCUGCCCUUGCCCCACACGCAGCCUACACGGGCGCAGCAUUUAACAGCCCGCGGGACUUCUUAUUCCGAGGACGCGGCUUUGCAGAGGGGGCUACGGCUGCAGGAGGGGGGCAGCAUGGCUUGUUUGGCCCCCCGACAGGUAGCCUUCAUCACCACCCCCAUCAUCACCAGCUCUCGCAUGGGGAGCACCCGCAGAGCCACCUGCUUUUCCCCGGCAUCCAUGAACAGCAUGCUGCAGCCUCCCAGAAUGCCCUUGGCGGACAGAUGAGGCUCGGGCUGCCGGGUGAGGUGUUCGGCAGGACGGAGCAGUACCGGCAGGUGUCCAGCCCUAGAGGAGACCCCUACACCGCUGCCCAGCUACACAACCAGUAUGGGCCGAUGAAUAUGGGAAUGAACAUGGCAGCCCACCACCACCACCAUCACCACCACCACCCGGGGGCCUUCUUCAGGUACAUGAGGCAGCAGUGCAUCAAGCAGGAGCUCAUCUGCAAGUGGAUAGACCCCGAGCAGCUCAGUAACCCCAAGAAGAGCUGCAAUAAGACAUUCAGCACCAUGCACGAGCUGGUCACCCAUGUGUCUGUGGAGCAUGUCGGGGGUCCCGAGCAGAGCAACCACAUCUGCUUCUGGGAGGAAUGUGCCCGGGAGGGGAAACCAUUCAAAGCCAAAUACAAACUGGUCAACCACAUCCGAGUGCACACAGGAGAGAAGCCCUUCCCGUGCCCCUUCCCUGGAUGUGGCAAGGUCUUUGCCCGCUCCGAGAACCUAAAAAUCCACAAAAGAACUCAUACAGGAGAAAAGCCGUUCCAGUGUGAAUUUGAAGGCUGCGACAGGAGAUUUGCCAACAGUAGCGACAGAAAGAAACACAUGCAUGUACACACCUCUGACAAACCAUAUUUGUGCAAGAUGUGCGACAAGUCUUACACCCAUCCCAGCUCCUUAAGGAAACACAUGAAGGUGCACGAGUCUACUCCUCAAGGGUCAGAGUCGUCACCAGCCGCCAGCUCCGGCUAUGAGUCCUCCACCCCCCCAGGUCUGGUGUCCCCCAACACUGAGACACAAAGCACCAACUUGUCCCCGGCCACAGCAUCGGUGUCUGGAGUGCACAGUGUAACUACGGGGGCUGGGGGACCCCUCUCAUCAAACUUCAACGAGUGGUAUGUGUAGGAGUCCUUGCCUGGAGGCCACCAGAGACUAUGUAGGUCUCCCUACCCACCAGCUAGUUGCCUGCUGUGACUGGACACUCCUAAAGGAAGAAGCACAGUUAGGAUAAAAUGCAGCACAGUUCUUUAAAAAACAAAAAGAAAGCAUGAAGAGAGAAGCUAACAGAAUCUAUUUAUUCCCCCAGUAUUUACCCCAAAGAGCAAGUGAUUUUACUCUGUAGAACUCCCCUUUAUGUACAUAACUAACUCCCCCUCCAGAGGGGACAGGACGUUCUAAAACUGUUGUACAGAAGUUUUAUCCGGCUGCUGGACAAGUGCUGGACUUUCUCUUGACUCAUCCAUUAACCUAAGGUGAAGGAAGAGUUGAUUUUAUUCUAUUUUAUUUUCUUUUGUAUUGUGCUCUUGGUAUUGUGUCCUUUUCUAAAGGAAACCUGAUUGUAAAUUUCCAUGCAACUGGGCUGGGAAAUAAUAAAACUCCGUGCCAAAGUCUUCACUCUGUUUCUUACGGCUCAGCUAGGCAGGCAGCACUCUGACAGGCAGCACCCUGACAGGCAGCACUCUGACACAGGCUUGUGAAUGUCACUAUGUUACACGUGAUGUUGUUUGUACUUUUUUCAAGUUCCUUUCUUUGCUUACUGUAUAAAGGACGGUGGGGACAACACGUCUGCAUCUCUUCUUCCCUGUACAUAGCCCCCGCCAUAUUUAUCCAGUUGUAAUUAAAUUAUGCUAUUAACUUGCUACAGAGGAACACUAUUUAUAAAGAAUGGUUCUUAACUAUAAAUAUGUACAAUUGUGAGCGGAAAUUGUUUUCAGAUUUUUUUUUUAUUUAAAGUGGUUUCAUCAUUUCUGUGCCCUGUUCUGAGAUUAAUGCAUACAAGACCUAUAAUAAAUUGUGUUGAAACUGCAUAAA